CCUGAAAGACGAGGAAUCGGCCGAGAACUACUCUCAGGGCCAAGCCCAAGCUGGGAGGGUCCUGGCAUUUUGCAGAGGCAGAAAGCCGGUGGGCAGGACGUUUGGGAGCGGGGCAGGAGGUCCAGAGCUGGGCAGGGACCCACCGAGGGUCUUGCCAGCUGCUGUGGGCAGUGGGAGUUUCUCCUAAGGGCAGUGGGAAGGUGCUGGGCGGUUUUGGGCAAGGCUACCCCCUAACCGGAUCCCAUUUCUGUUUUGCAAAGAUCCCUGUGCCUGUCACAUGGGGAGUAGCUUUCAUAGGGGCAAGUGAGGAGUCCAGGGAUGGGGGGAGCUGUCGUGGCUGCUCAGGAGAGAAGGGGUAGGGGUGAGGCAGAGAAAAAGUGGACGCGAUCCAGAGCUGAUGGGUGUGGAGCAAGGGGCUAUCGGUUGGGGUGGGGAGGGGGCCUCAGAAUCCCUCCUGGUUCCUGCUUGUGAGUAGACCUGCUUUCUGUCUUCCAGGGGAGCAGGGUCUAUCCCCAAUUCAACCCCACAGGCCAGCUAGGCCCUGGGCAGAGGUUAGGGAGAGAGUGACAGCUGAGCUGAAAGGCACUCUGCAAAUCAGGCCUGACAGCAGGUGUUCAUUGUCUGGGCCAGGACCAGGCAAAGCUUGAGGGCUUCAGAGGGAGCCGCUGGUGGACAGACAAAGGCCCUUUAUUGAGGUCAAGGCGGUUUCCUGGAGGGAUGUCUCACAAGCUGACCCCUCCUUGGAGGGGCUGGGGUGGGGGAAUCCCAGCACCAGGAAGAGCCACUGUGUGUCAGAGUUGAAUGUGGUUCUGGAAAACACUAUAAGGAAGCAAUCUGGAGAGGUGGGGCACCUGGGUGAGCCCUCUGUCUAGAGAUUCCAGAGCCUGCAGCCUCCCCCAGCUGAUGGGAGAAUGAGUCCCUCCUAACCACAGAGGUCGUGUUUGCAGACAGUUGUGAUAAAUCAUGAAUUCAGAGGGGGCUCUCAAAACAGUCCUAGUGACCACCUACCCAACCCCCUAAGUGCCAGUGACUGCAAAGAUGGACUCUCUUCAGCCUUGCCCAAGUCUCCCUGCCACAGGAGAACUCCUAGGGAGAGCCUGUGAGGUCUGUGCCCCACCCCCAACCCCCAGCAUGCACAAAAAAACUCACAAUAAAUAUCCAUUUAAUUCUUAUUUCCUCCUCUGUGACUUGGGGACAUUAAGAGACCUUUCCCCCAAUACUAGGAUUAAGGCAGACAAGGCACUUAAAUCCCUAAGCACUGAGUGCUUGGUUCCAGAUGACAAGCCCCUCAGGCCAGUUGAAAGUGCUGUUGGGUGCACCGAGGCAGGAGGCUGCACCAAUCCCAGCACCUCGCAGGGCCAGGAGAGUCCAGAGAGGUGGGCCAGCAGAACGGGUGGCAGUUUGGUGACUCUCCCUUUUCCCCACCUCUUCCCAUGGCCAGACUCAUGCGGGGGAGGAGGGGCAGGCAGCAGCCCCAGCCCCUCCAUCACCCAUUCUUCAGGACAGCGUCUUGCACACCUCCAGGACUGGCAGCUCAUUCUUCCACCAUCCUUGCCUUGGGCCCCCAAGCCCUGUGCUCCAACCCCAGAUCUUGGGCUUCAGGGACGGCAAGGAAGCUGCAAAGGACCCAGGAGUGGGCGGGACAGCUCCACAGGGACCCACAGGUUUGGGGCGUUGGCGGGGAAUUCCAUUCCAGCCAGUCUUCCGGGUGCAGGGGAGCCCCCUGGAGGGCAGAGAGGUGGCGCGCUUGUCAGCCGUGCCCACCCACUUCAGAGGCCCGCAGCCUGCGAGGUGGCAGCAAUGGCAGGCCCCAGGCACCCCGUUUCAGUGCGCGCGGCAGCCCUGGUACAGAUUAAGCAGCUCCAGACUUUCGCCUUCUCAGUGCACUGGUCAGACGGCAGUGACACUUUCGUGCGCAGAAGCUGGGACGAAUUCAGGCAGCUCCAGAAGACCCUCAAAGAGACCUUCCCAGUGGAGGCUGGCCUGCUGCGGAGAUCUGACCGCGUUCUCCCCAAGCUUCCUGAUGCACCGCUGUUGGCGCGCGGGGGACGCGUGGGCCGAGGCCUGGCCCGCCUGCGGCUGCUGGAGACCUAUUCACGGACGCUGCUGGAGACUGCGGAGCGUGUAGUGCAGAGUUCAGCGCUCACCAGCUUCUUUGCACCACGACCCCUCGACCUGGAGCCCAAAUUACCACCGGGCAGCCUGGUGAUCCUGCCGGCCCCUGAGGAGCCCUCAUCCCGCCCUGCUGGCAGCCUCGCCAUCCACAGCCUGGAGACUCAGAGCCUGCGCUGCCUGCAGCCCUUCAGCACCCAGGACACGAGGGGCAGGUCUUUCCAUGUGCGGGCCCAGGAAAGCCUAGACGUGCUGUUGCGACACCCCUCAGGCUGGUGGCUGGUGGAGAACGAAGACCAGCAGACGGCCUGGUUUCCAGCUCCCUACCUGGAGGAGGUGGCCCUAGGCCAGGGCCCAGAGGGGAAGCCAUCCAUGGGGAGCAGCGGCCCCCCGUUCUGUGCUUCCCGAGCCUACGAGAGCAGCUGUGCAGAUGAACUGUCGGUGCCUGCGGGGGCGCGGGUACAUGUACUGGAAACGUCCGACAGGGGCUGGUGGCUGUGCAGGUAUGGUGGCCAUGCAGGCCUCCUCCCCGCAGUGCUGCUGCAGCCAGAAGGGCUGGGCGCGCUCCUCCACGGGCCCGGCUUCCCUGGUGGGGAGGACGGAGCUGGUGAGGCCUGUGGCUCCCCUGACGCCCCCCAGGCCAGGGCCCCUGCCCCUACUGUGCCCGCCCGACCCCCGCUGAGUGCCAUCCAGAGCCGCUGCUGCACCAUCACCCGCAGGGCACUGGGGCAGCACUUAGGGCCCCAGGGCACCCCUUGAGGGCUGUGGAACCACGUGGGGAGGCCU